AUGUUUCCCAUGACCGUCGGAGCUGCUGUUUGUUUAGCAACUACCGUAUUCGCCGUUGCAAGCCCAGCUUCAUUAGACUCGGAUGUGUCAAUUCUCAUCCACAAUGACUUACAAGAAACUUCGAGUCCCUGGUCCAAAUCAGGCGUUAUCGUCCUGGGUGAAAUGCCCCUACUGAAAGCCACCGAGGCCUGCCAAAGUCUCGGCGAGAGCCUAUGGACAAGUCAUUCUAAAGUCUCAACCAUCCAGAGUGGCUUGGAUUAUCUCGUCUUCGAGCACAAAGUCAGUCGCAGUCAGCAAUAUUGGAUUGCCCCUAUUCGCGGUGUGCCGUCCACUGUCAACGCAAAUGGGGAGAUUAGAGAGUCCUCUCCAAGCAAGCACUUGCCAGUGCUCUGUACUCAAAGUGCACCAUACUCUACUGCUGACACAAAAGAUACGAACUCGACGUGGCAAAUCAAUAUUCAGUCAAAUAAUGAGCACAUCACCGGAUUUCGGGACCGCUUCAGCUUUAGAUUCUUUGGACUCCGAUACGCUCCACCUGCAAAGCGAUGGACUUAUUCUCACGUAUACGAAGGACAAGGGAGAAGAGCAUCUGCUUUAGACUACGGAUCGUCAUGCGCUCAGGGUUCAACUGGCUCAGAAGAUUGCUUCUUCUUGAAUGUCUGGACACCAUAUCUUCCAGGUCCUAAAAUUGGUCAGAAAAAUCUCAAACCGGUAAUGUUUUGGAUUCAUGGAGGCGCAUUCACGAGUGGUAUGGGUAGUGACCCCACAUUUGAUGGAGGGAAUCUAGCCUCAAGAGGCGAUGUAGUGGUUGUCGCUAUCAACUACCGAUUGGGCACGUUGGGGUUCCUGGCUCUUGAUGACGGACAGACAAAGGGAAAUUACGGGCUGGCCGACCAAAUCACCGCACUUGAAUGGGUUCGUCGAAACAUACAAGACUUUGGAGGCGACCCCCAUCGCAUUACUAUCUUUGGACAAUCGGCUGGUGCUGGAUCCGUGCGAGCACUGCUUGCAUCUCCCAAGGCUCGAGGAAUGUUUGCUAGUGCGAUCAUGGAGAGCAAUCUAGGAGGUCUUGCUUACGGGACAACUUACUCAAAAUACUACACUAUCUCGCAAGAGAUGGAAGUGGUAGGCAAUGCCAUUGUGAAAGAGGCAAAUUGCUCCAAAGAGAUCUCACCGGUAAAGUGUCUCCGAGGCCUUCCUGCAAUGACCAUCACGGGUCUAAGCGACACAGCACGCUAUCUCGUAGUGGAUGGGGAGUAUCUCCAGUCCUCCGAGCUGGACUUGACCAACCCGGCAUCCACCGCGAAUGUGCCUCUACUGAUCGGUACUACGCGAGAUGACGGAGCGGCCAUGCUCGGAUAUCCUACAGCGGGCGACACUCUGAAGACAUUUCUGAAUGAGUCCGGUCUUCCAAUGUCUAUCGCCCCGAGCCAGCUGUUCCCAGAACCGUCAGGCUCCAACCACACACUGGACAUCUUCAACACCACGGCUCGAGUUGCUACCGAUGGCAUGUUCCGCUGCAUCGACCAGGCAACUGCGUAUGCCGGGAUCAACAACAGGAUUUUCCCAGAGAUUUUCUUCUACGAAUUUAACCGUACAUAUCAGAUGCCGGGCUGGUCACCGAAUCCUCCGCUCUGCAAUGCACCAAUCACACCCGAGUUCCCAAAUGGUGAUCCUAGUCAGGAGUACUUCAAAUGCCACUCUGGGGAGCUAUACUAUGUCUUUGGGAAUGUCCUGCGCCAGAGUCUUCCAUUCAGAGAUGAAUUUGACCUGCCGUUUGAGCAAUAUGUGCUUGAUUCUUGGGCCAGUUUUGCUCGAUCAGCCAAUCCAAAUCCAGAUCAGGGAUUUUUGAAGGCAAGAGGGUAUGUGAAUACCACCAGACAGGUCGAGACGACAGGACCAUGGACACCUUUUAGACAUGGUGACUACCGGCUUCGACGAUUGCAGUGGCCCUCGGAAAUGGUGGACUUGGAUGAGACAGAGCAGUGCCGGGCCUUGAAUUUACCACUUAGCUACUAUGACACCUGA